UUAUGACGAUAUAAAAUAAAUCGAACUUUAUCUUUAAUUCGAAUUAGCGAGUUGUAUCUUUAUUAAUAAAUAUAUUGAAAAAUGAAAAAAAGAAAAGUUAAGAAAAGACGUUAGCGAGAAAGAAAGGCCAUUGGCUACUCUUGAAAUCGUUUGUCGAAAAUUAAUGACAACGUUAUGUUCGAGCGGACCAAUUGCAUGCCGGAGAUGUUAAAAUGUCAGGGCGCCGUGUCGCGGAGGCGCUAAGAAAUUUCUUUCUUCUCUCGAAUGCGUACGUGUACCGCGUCGAGUGAAAGACGCAAGUUCUAUGACGAUCGAAAGAACGCGCAAAGUGCUAUCGGUCUGACUUCCGUGGCCAAUACAGAGAGCGAGACCGUCAACCGAUUGUCGUCACACCGUGUUUGAGGUCCGACAUGGGCCGCGGAUGAGUGCUAUCAACCGUGACCGAUUUAUGCCGGGACGAUCGGCGUUAAAGUGUCGCGCGUUGUAGUUAUGACGGUGAAGCGCACUCGAUCAUAUUGCAAGCGCUUCGGCGAAUUGUCGGUACGCGCGAGUGGAGGCUCUCGAAUGGCGCCCACGCAGGACGUAUACCGGAGAGUGCGAUGCUAACAAGUAGUAAUAAUAGUAGUAGUAGUAGUAGUAGUAGAAGUCCAGCUGACUCUGACAAAAUGGUAGGGCCCUCUCUAUCGGCGGGAGGUUAUAGAUUCGUACGUGCUACAUAAUCCGGUACCGUCGCGGUUAGGGUACGAUGAGUACUGAUAAUCAUGAUCAGUCCAAGCCCAAACCACCACCACCACCAUCAUCAUCGGCAUCGGCAUCGGCAUCGGCAGCAGCAGCAGCAGCAGCAGCAGCAGCAGCAGCGGCGGCGGCAACAUUACCACCACCACCGCCACCACCACCGCUACCACCUCCACCUGCGAUACCGCCAUCGCCAUCACCACUACCACCAUCGUCUACGCGGAACAACGUCUCCGUCGACGAGUACGCUUUCGACGGCACGCGCAUCAAGAAAGAACAAAGUGACAUUUGUCUCGAGAACGGCGACGGUGCCGGUGCCAGCAACGUCAGUGGAGGCGGCGGUGGUGGCAACGGUGGUGGCAGCGGUGCUGGAGGAAACGGUGGAAUCACGAAAGCCGGUAUCAACGACAACAAGAGACCGCCGGCCACCCCCGCUCCCAUUGCCGGUAGGCUCUCCAACGGCUUCCACGAAGGUGACCUACUUCAGGACAUCAUCGCGGCCAAGUUCACGACCCUGGCGAAUCACGGCUCCACCGGCAAGAACGACAAGAUUCGUCUGAUGAUCGAGGACAGCGUCAGUGAAGAAUCAAAAUCACGAGUUCAGGAAAUAUUUUCCCAAGUUGAGCAACUAAAAAUAGAGGAAAAAUUGUUGCUGUACCUGAAGCUUCCAUUGUCGUUGAACAAUACUGGAGGAACUGUUGAUCCAUUGAGGCAGCCAUUAAAUCCAUUAGGAAAUCGUUAUGAAAUUCAUCAGACUAUUAUGUGGAUCAAAACACAUUUGGAAGAGGAUCCUGAAGUUUCCUUACCGAAACAAGAGGUCUAUGAAGAGUAUAACAUGUAUUGUAUAAGGAAUUCUAUGAAACCACUGUCAACUGCAGAUUUUGGAAAAGUUAUGAAACAAGUCUAUCCACGGGUACGUCCUCGAAGACUAGGCACAAGAGGCAAUUCUCGUUAUUGCUAUGCAGGAAUGCGCAAGAGAGUUAAAUUGGAAGCUCCAACGCUGCCUAACAUAUCUGGAAGUCAAACUGAGGAUGGUACAGAAGAAAAUAUUACCGAAGAAAUGUUAGGCGCUGCUUCUACAUUGAUUAGGGAAUGGGCAGAAAGUGUGUUAGGUUUUAAAUUUCCAACUUUGAGUGCCUUAGCACGUCAUCUUGUGGAUAAUCUUUGUGUCGAUACGCGAUCUCUAGCUGCCGUGUGCAUUUUAUGCGCUUCCAGGGAACCUGAUACUUCAUCCAACGAAGAGCCAACGACUGGUUUGUCAGUUACAUCAAUAUCUGGAAAACCAGGGAAAUUAAGAGAAGCACAGAUACAAUUACAACGUAAGCUACAACAACGAGAGCAUAUAAAAGAUCAAAAGCAUAGGCACAUUGACAAUGUUACACAGAAUCAGAAUAAAGAAAAGAUUAUUGAUAAUAAAGCAGGAGUAAAUAAAGGAAGUAAGAAAGUUAAGACCAAUCAGUCGCCUCAGGGUACAAAUACGCCAGCUGGACAAUAUGUGUUAAACAAACACAAUUUACCUGCCACUGUGACAGUUCGGCAAAAAAAGGUUCUUAAAGCUAGCAGUCAACCCUGCAACAACGUUUCUCCGGAAUCCAACUGUGAUAAUAUAGUGGUACAAUCGAUCGAAGAUGUUCAGAAUAAUAGCAGCACUAGAGUAGUAACGACCAAUUGCGUGAAUUCAAAGCGAGACGUUAAACCUAAAAAUUCCAGAAAGCGUGCCAAUCUUAAUGUACCAAAUCAACCAUCGGAAUCCAGUCCUGAGAAGCAAACAAAACUUGCAGAACAGCAGGUACAUGAAAAUGUAGAGCAUUCCAGUAUGUUGUUACCUAGGCUCUCAUCUGUACAACGUGCGGGGAAAAUAUCAGUGAUAUUAGCUAGUAACCUGAAGCCUACCAAGUGUAAAGCCACAGAGGCUGUUAGUAAUCAGCCUGCCAAAAACUGUGAUAUUGAAUUGCCAACAUGUUCCAAAAAUUCCAUCAAAAUAAAUGGUUGCCCAAGUAGUUUUGAUUCUAAUGGAAAUGGAACUGAAACAUCGACUCUUUUAACCAAGGAUCAACUACGAUUGUUGCAAGAAAAUUCAAACCUCAUAAGUAAGAAUGAUAAGCUUUGUUCUCUUGAUGCGGAUGCUUUGGAUGAUUAUUUAAACGGGGGUAAUAAUUCUCAAGAACAAGAAGAGGAAUUGUUGCAGUAUUUUCAACAGAAUAGUUCGUCUAGUUCAGAUGUAGAGGCAAAUGCCAUUACUGGAGACACGGAACAAAUAUCAAGAUCCGAUAAAGUGUCUCAGUUGAGAUUAAUAUUAGAACAAAAUCUAAAAGCUGGUACCGAGCAUCCACCGAUUGACAUAGUAUCCGCUACUAUCGUCAGGCAGAAUACAGUUAGUGAAAAACAGGAGGUUACUCAAACGCAUAAUUUGAUACUUCCAACAUUGUUAAAUCAUUCGAAUCAAACUAAUACGAGACGCAGAGUUAGUUUUGAAACUAAUGUCGUUGAACAUGUACAAGAUUCCAAUGUUGUUACGAAUACCGUACCUCAAAGCCCAAAUACGCGUCGUAGGAUAUUUAAUUUCACCCCAAUAUCACCUGGUCCACAUUCACCUAUCAAUGGUCGUGCUUCCAAAUCUAAUUCAGCAAACGCGAGUCCUUUCGUUUCACCACGAAAUACGCCAGUGCCUCGGUCACGGAGUAAUCUACAAGGUGGCAGCUUCAGAUCUCGAGCGAGUCAAAAGUCUUUGUCGCGUUCCAUAUCAUGCAGUAUGCCAUAUACUGGAAAAAACGAUACGUUUGUAGUACCCACCAGUGGUCCUGAAUUAGUGCGACAGGUGUCGAUGCCGCAGUCACCUCUUACUUGUACAAAGUCAUCCGAAGUACAGGUUGGUGGCAAUGGAACGCACAUCGCUAUAACGUCGAAGCAAGAAAAUCAAGGAUCACAAUGCCCUCCAUUUUUAGCAUCAGAUUUGGCACCGCAAAAGCAACUGCUUAUUAAUUAUCCAAGCCAGGAAAAUUUACAAGAAAUUAAGAAUGUGUAUCAAAGACCACAACCAACAGAUCAGGAGAUCAGUGAAUUAUUGCUUGGCAAUAAACAAUUUACUACUGAACAGCUUUUUUGUAGAUCGCAAUCUGUUCCUUUACAUCGUAUGGUAAAUCCUGCAUUAAUGUCUCCUAUCUCAACACAGCAGUGUCUCUCAAGUUUUCAAAGUCAUAGUUUUAAUCCAUCUACAAGCAGUUCAAUAGCUCCUACUCCUGUACCUAGUGAAUUCAAUGACUUUGGUUCUAUAGGUCAAUCAGAAGGGACUUCUUAUUUAUUAAACGACGUCGAUCCAAACUUUAUAUCGGAUGAUCAGCAAUUUUUGAUGAAUGAUAAAGAGAUCACAUCUGAAAAUAUAACAAAUAUUCUCAAUAUCCUGAGCGAAGAGGGAUCGCAAAGUUUACAGAUUCUUCCGGAACAAUCUGGAGAAGAAGAUUUGAUAGAUAAUAAUGGGAUAGUUUUAGAUACUUUACCAAAUUCAAAUAUAAAUUUGUCAGAAGAAGAUAUGCUGGAUCCUUCGAAUGUUCUUGAUAGUUCAGUGAGUGGGGCAUUGCAAAAGAUCAUACAAUCUCGUUCUUAUCCAAACACACCUCUUCCUGCACCAGUAUCAACAUAUACACCAUCUUACGCAGAAGAUAGUAAUGGUUCAAGAUCAUAUCCUUCAACACCUCUGCAUACAGUACAGUCUCAGGAAGUUUAUCAAGAGUCAAACGAACCAAUGCUCUCCAGUCCUACACUUAAUUCUUUGAAUUUACACGGAGAUACAACUAGUAUCGCCACAUCGGAUAACGGCUGUAGGAAUGUCGCAGAUUUACUCGAGACCACCUUCCUAGGAGAGCCCGAUGGAGAAGCCGAUGAUCUGGAUCCUCUUAGCAAUUUUGAUGGAUUGCAAGAUGUUGAUCCAUUGACUCCCUUAUUCAAUGAAGUGACAGAGCCUAAUCGUUGA